UCAUAUGUCAUCCUCUCCAACCUCUCCAAUCAAAAAUGACAAAUUUUUGUUGAUCAAAUUUUAAAUUGAAAUUUUUUUUCGAUUUAAUUAAUGUAAGACGUGAACUAUGGCACUGACAACAGCAAUGGGUGUGAUGAGACGAACAUACCUCAUCGAACACUCGUACAUAUCACGUAGAUUAUGUUCGUCCAAGACUGAUGAUAAACGUUCGACAACGACCGGUCAGCAAUCGUCACUGAGUCGCCAGAGUCAAAAUAUCAAACAGAAUGUGCAGGGAUACUUCCUCACCAAAUACAUCAACUACGUCGCGAAUUAUGAGAAAGUGCUGGAGAAGAGGUUCCCUGCCGCGAUGAAUGUUUACCGAACAUUCGUCAUCGGCAUGCGGGAUCUGUAUCGUGAUAUGAAAGAGUUCGUCAAAGUCUACAAAAUUGCCAACACGUCCGAACUUCACUUGCGCGCAUUGACACGCAGAGAACUCGAAGUGUACCAUCAGCUGCCUAAAGAUAUGAAAAAAGUCGCUCCGGUGUUUCUGAUAUCUGCACUACCGCUGGCAAAUUAUGUGAUUUUCCCACUGGCGUACAUGUAUCCGCGCACGUUUCUCAGCACUCAGUUUUGGUCCAUUCAGCAGAAGUCUCAAUUCCAAACGGAGUUCUUGCGCGAACGACUACAACACAACAUGCGAGUGCUGCGAUUCAUGCAAACGAAAUUGGACGAGAGCAGAAGUGACACACAGUACAGGCAACUGAAAUCGAUACUGGGAAUGCUGGGCAGCGGAUUGCAUCCCAGUGUGGAGCAAUUGUUGGAAAUAAACGACGUGUUCACGAGAAAGCCAUUCAAUUUGGAGUCAUUGCCCUGUAGUCAUUUGAAAAAUCUGUGCGGCCUGCAUGGCAUUCAUAAGGGAUGGCGGAAACGUAUGCGACUCGCCAAGCACGCGUUCGUAAUACAUCACAUAGACUUGGCGAUGCUGCGAGAGGGUGGCGUACACAAUUUGCCGCAAGACGUUCUCAUCCAUGCUUGCCGAGCGCGUGGAUUAAAUCCGACAAAUUUGAGCACAGACAUGAUGGUCGAUUGGCUGAAGCAAUGGGUUGAUAUAUCGGUGAAAAUUGACGGUACCAAUAUCAGCUUGCUGUUACAUCUUCCCAUUCUGAUCGGAUAUAACUCGCCGAAUAAUUGGAUUUUGUUGUACAAUAAAUGAUAGAUGUAGGAACGGCGUGACGACAACAUUGGCCGGGGAUAUUGAUUGAGUUUUCUAUUUAUAUUUUUUCUGUUGUUAUAACUUUGAUCAAAUCAAAGGCAAAAUAUAAUUAAAAUCUUAUUUUUAAAA